AUGGUGUUCAACAAGGCGGCACUUCUUUCGGCGCUCAGCUUGGCAGGCGCUGUCCAGGCGGCACCCGCAGCGUCAGGGGGACUGCCUUGCGACCUGUACGCUUCGGGCAACACGCCGUGCGUGGCGGCACACAGCACUACGCGCUCGCUGUACUCGGCCUACAACGGUCCCCUCUACUCGGUCGUUCGUUCUUCGGACUCGCACACGACCAACAUUGGUGUCCUCUCCACAGGUGGAGUUGCCAAUGCUGCCACCCAGGACUCCUUCUGUGCCGGCACCACUUGCAAGAUCAAGGUCAUCUACGACCAGUCCGGCCGCGGUAACCACCUGAGCCUCGCGCCCCCGGGUGGUGCUGCGGGUGCAAACGUGCUCGCCGACGCCGCAGCUGCGCCCAUCACAGUCUCGGGACACAAGGCUUACGGUGUCUACAUUGCCCCAGGCAUGGGCUACCGCAAUGACAAGACCAACGGCGUCGCUACCGGAAACCAGGCCGAAGGAAUGUACGCUGUGCUGGACGGGACGCAUUAUAACGACCAAUGCUGUUUCGACUACGGCAAUGCUGAGACGAGUGACACUGAUACGGGUAACACGCAUAUGGAGGCCAUCUACUUUGGCAGCAACACCUACUGGGGCUCUGGAGCUGGCUCAGGACCGUGGGUGAUGGCCGAUCUCGAGAACGGCCUCUUCUCGGGCUACAACCCCAAGCAGAACACGGGCGACCCGUCCAUUUCGUCGCGCUUCGUUACGGCCAUCGUCAAGGGCGACUCGAGCAACCUGUGGGCUCUCAAGAGCGGCAACUCGCAGUCGGGCGGUCUGACUACCGCAUACUCUGGUCAGCGACCGGCAGGAUACUAUCCGAUGAACAAGGAGGGCUCCAUCAUCCUUGGUAUCGGCGGAGACAACAGCCACAGUGCUCAGGGGACCUUUUACGAAGGCGUCAUGACCUCGGGCUACCCCUCCGACGCAACCGAAAAUGCCGUCCAGGCCAACAUCGUCGCCGCACGGUACCAGGCAUGA